AGUGUGUGAGAGUAUAUAAUAGGUUCUACAGGCGCUACCAGCCUCAUUCCGUAUGCUGUAAAAACAGAACUCUCCGCCUUUAUCUACCUGGCCUUGAAUGACCCUAUUAUAGUUUCUCUCAGGUGCUAUCAAAAUCCAGCGUAGGACAUGGCGAGGAGUAUCGUUGUAGUUAUUUGGGUCGGAUUUUGUGCGACCCUCGUGAAGGGCGUCAACAGAUCAGCAUGUCCGGUCACCCUCAACCCAGCACCGGGAACUACCGGAGUGAAUCCUGUUUUGGAGCGGUACGAGUCAGCCCUGCUGAUGAUUCUGGGAUUUGGCGGGUUCUCCAUUCUGUUAGCAGUCCUCCACAACUCAGUCCGGAAGUACAUUUUCCACGACGAGCAUAAUCUAGAUACUACGUUUGACGCAGGCGGUAACGUGAGUUUGAGCUUGACGGCGGUGACGGUCGCCUCCCAGCUGUUCUGGCCCGGGGAUAUUCUACACAGCGCCACACUCACAACAAAGAAUGGAGUCGCUGGUCCAUUUUGGUACGCUGUGGGAAUCAUGGUUAACAUCUUCAUAUUCCCGAUAUUCUCCGUACAGUUUAAAACUCGAGCACCUGGAGCUAAAACCUACUUACAGAUCAUCCAUGCCCGGUUUGGUAAAUCUGCCCACGUGGUAUUUUGCGUGUUUGCCCUUGUCACCAAUCUUGUCAUCAUGAUAGGGCUGCUGUUAGCUGGCCGGGCCACCAUUAAAUCUCUGACAAAGGACACCUCGGACGAGUUUUCGCUCCUUGUAAUGGCGGUUCUGUUUGGGUCUUACUCUCUUGUCGGAGGCAUUGGAACCACAUUCUAUGUGUCCUACUUUAAUGCCUGCCUCGUUUUCAUCCUUCUGAUCGUAUUUGUGGUGAAGAUUCUACACAAUGAAACAACAGAGUUUGAUUCUAUAGGGCACGUGUCUAAAAUGUAUGAAUACAUUUCAUGUGUGAAAGGGCCGCCUGAAAAUGAGAACUAUAGCUAUUUAACCUUUCACUCUGGUGUAGCUAUUCUUUAUGGCGUCAUCGAGGUGUUUGUGUCGUCUGCUGUCACAUAUUGUGAUCAGGCGUCUUGGCAGAGUCGAAUAGCCGCAAAACCUAUCCAAGGAGUCUGGGGAUUUAUUUUGGCGGGAUUUAUCUGGUUCGCCAUUCCUGCAACCAUGGCAACCACUACUGGAAUGGCAUAUUUGGCACUUAGCAUGGAGAACGGGACGCAUCUAUUGACACCUGGUCAAAUUGAUGAAGGUUUGGUUACGCCUCUUAUUGCAGAGAAGGUUUUGGGGUCGUCUGGUGGUAUUCUGAUUCUCACGAUGGGCGCCAUGGCCUUGAUGUCUACUGGGUCAGGAGAGGUCAUGGCCAUUUCCUCCAUCAUCGUGUACGACAUCUACCAGACUUACCUCAGACCGUUUAGAGACGGAAUGAAGAGAAGACAAUGUGUUUUGUGCGGGAAAAAUAAAAAGAAGACAUUAAUUGCAACUUAUGAAAGUCGCAGUGAACUUCACUGUCAAUGUGUCAGUAUCGUGCGCUGUCAUGGCUGCGCAGAGGACAUGGUGCGCAGAAGCGAGGCUGCUGACAACUGUAUCAAGCCUCAGUAUCAAUGUCCUACUCAUGGAAACUAUCGGCAGUAUCAAGACAAUCUUAUCCACUUCAAAAACUGGUGUAUUGUUUGGGUAACUAUUGCCAUCAUUCCUCUAGGAAUGUUAGUUUUUGAGUCGGGCAUUGAUCUCAACUGGAUCUUUUAUGUCGGAGCCAUCGUUACUAUUCCUUGUUUCCCACCAGUUCUUCUUUCCAUCAUGUGGGUGAAAGCGACCUCUAAAGGGCUUAUUACGGGAGGUAUUCUAGGAUUGGUCUGUGGCAUCACUGCAACAUUGUCAGCAGCUACGAUGUACGAGGGCGGUCUGAACAAUUUCUUGAUCAAUACUGUCCAGGAUUAUGCCAUUUUGGCGGGAACAUGUUCAAGCUUUGGUGGCAGUUUACUUGGGUGCAUUAUAAGUUCCCUAAUAACAAAUACUAUCCGGUGUCCUGAUGAUGCAAAUGAAGAAUGGCAAAAACUGUACGACAUUGAUAACCCACUAAAUCCAUGGGAACUGAACUACCGGGAAGAACUAAAAGGUCUCCACUUUGACUCAAAACCAACGUUUGAGCAGAUGUCGUCCACAUUUAAGAAGGCAAAGAUGGUAGCGUACAUUGGGGGAGGGUGCAGCAUAGCACUGAUGGCCCUUGUAAUCCCCGGGAUCAUCAUGGCCAGUUACACGGUGAUGAGUGAGGGACAGUUCUCAGCCUGGGUCUGGUUCACCCAGGCGUGGGCCGUUGUCAUGGCGAUCGUCGUCAUAGUAGCGCCGCCUGCUGAGGAAAUAUCUCGCAUUGUGAAGCAGUAUCGCAAAAACAAGGAGGCGUUGUUAGACGCCAACGAGGCUGCAGAUGAUGUUUUAUUGAAAGAAGUCAACCAUAAAGAAUUAAAUCACGACCCAACACAACCGGUCGCCAAAGUCUGAACUAUGUCAAAAAGGACGGUUGGUUACUUUUUGUAAUUCUGAAAGUUACUCAGGAGAACAGACAAGCCGUCCGGUUUUAGUUGCCAUUUUUGUCUUGGAUAUAUUCAAAUUUUAAGUGCUUUUAGGUUUUAGCAGAUCAAAAUUGUUUGAAUUAAACCAUGCAACGGUUUUUUGCUCCAAAGCACCUUUCAGAAACAAGUUCAAAGUGAAAUGAUUUUUUUUUUUACAUAAUAACUACGUCUCUUUAAAGUAGUCGAUUAGAUUGAAAGUUUGACUAAACAUUGUAAUACUAGUAUUAAAUAGUUUGAAUUAUGUUUGGCUUAUUGUCUAGAUUUCGAAAUUAAUCUCUCGGUAAAACGUUCAGAGAUUUUCUUUCUUAAUGUGACGAUGCAUAAAUUUAAAGAUUUUUUUUCUAUCAACAAAGGGCUAUAAACUCUUUUCAAAUCUCAAAAGAAGAGUUCUUUUUUUGACUUAUUACAGGGUAACGAAUUCGGUUUAAUUCACUGUAAUAACGGCUUUACAAUGCAUCAUCAACAAGCUUUGAUAUAUUCAAAAAUUUUCUCCACCAAGAUACAUGAGAGCCAUAAUUUGAUGGCAAUUUAAGCAGUGGACAACCACAGUCUGCCAUGGGAGAGACAUUUGAUGCCAAAAUCUUACUGGAUUGUAAAGACAGUUUUUAUUUUGUAUGUAUAAAAUUUGCAGUUGUAUUUUUAAUGAAGGUUGGUACGAUGUUGUUGUAUUUUUAGAAAAGAUAUAGUUGUACAUGUUUUUUUUUUAGACUUUAUCCAUUGGAGGUCUAAGAAGGAAACCUGCAUGCCUUUGCAUGUUAUAGUAUGAUAAAUACUUAAACGAAAAUCAACGCACAACUGUUUUCUUUAUUCGUUAAAGAAAACCACCAUCGUGUAAAAAUUAUCACCGAUUGACUUGUCUCGAAAGCGGAAAAGGUAUGGGACUAUAAUUUGAAGAUGGGAUCACGUACCUCUUAUUUUACACGGGUUCUAAGUGUUCAAAAAGUUCUUCAUUAAAAAAAUAUUCAUAUUAUUUUAGCUUGUCAUAUUCCAUUACAAGUUUCUCCAUAACAAAGCACAAUACGCAUUGCCUUUAGACUUGUCGUCAGAUUUAUUGAAUGUAUGAUAUGUACGUUUGUACACAAUUUUAGCGUGGCUACAUGUACAUUGCGUUUUAAACGCUUUUGGGUAUCAAAUUUUGCUGAUUUUCGGGCACCUGCAGUUGAAACUCAAUUCUCUACAUGUGUAUAUAUACAUACUUUAUAAGUGGCACAUAGUCGCUUAUACUUGGAGCUUAGGACUUGUAGAUAGUCGGUUGGUCAAAAAAAUAAAAAAUGAAUAAACAUAAUACUGAUAAUUUUUGUAAUGAGAUUUGGGCUAACAGUUUCUUACUUAUUCUUUGAGAUUUAUAUAAAUUGUACAUGUAGUUCGUAUAGAAUUCACCGUUGUCUGUGUUGUAUGCCUUUGUUAUAACAGACCACUUGAUGAGACAUUGGCUGUUAUCUAUGUGAUUGUCCAACAGAAGCAUGCUGUGUUUUUUAUUUUGAGGCAGUGAUAUUACUGGAUUAGCAUAGAAGCAAAUUUUGGAACAGAUAAAAUCAUGUUUAUGAGAAUUUGAUUAUUACAAUUGUAUGAAUGUAAAUGGAAUAAAAUGUUUACACGCA